AUGAUAAACAACUAAAAGAAUAAGAAAUAGCUGCCCAUUAUUAUCUAAAAGUAUGAAGACUCCUUAAGAGAUAGUAAGUAUAAAUAAAAAUAUAGGAAAGCAAAAGGAAGUUAUAUGUAUGAUCAUUCAUUAUCAGUUGAGAGAGCAAACUAUUAUUAAAGCAAAAAUAAAAUACCGACACGAAGUUCAAGCAAUUAUCAAUCAUAGAAGAAUGACAAAGACAGAUUUUUAUAUAGCUUAGCUUCAACUUCAAAGAAUAUUAAGAACUAAAAGUCUAAAUUCACUUUUACUACUGAAGAAAUUAAUAACCAAAAUCAGAAAUUAAAGACUGACGUUUAAUUACUCUAUUAACUUAUUAAUCUUGAAUAACAGAGCCCAAAUAAACUCUAAAGUCCAAAGAAAACUAUACAACAAGCUAAAUUAAUCAAUCCAAUCUAGAAGAACAUGAAAGAUUUUACUGCAAAUUAAUUGAUCAUUUAAAAUUGUUAAGUUUGCACAAAAUCACGUAAUGGAAGAAUAGUGUAAAUUCCAUGCGAUCACUUUUAUCAUUAUGAAUGCUUUUAAUAAUAUUUAGAAAAGUGUAUAAAAAAGGGAUAUUCAUAAAUCCAUUGCCAUUGCAAAGCCAAAAUACCCUAAUAAAUUCUUCUAAAUAAUUCUAAUAUACUAAUUAUCUAAAGAUAUUUUCAUAAUUAAUAUGAGAAACUAAAAACUAAAUUUUUUAAACACAAAGAUUUUGAAAAAUGCCUCAAUUCAUUUUGCAAUUUCUUUUGGAUAAAUGAUGGCAGCAAAAGAAAGACUAUCAUUUUAUCAUAUUGUACAAAUUGCUUAAACCAAAAUUGUGCAAUAUGA